GGCCCUCCCGAGCCCGGCCAUCCGUGCCCCGCUCCCAGAUCUCUAUCCCUUUGGGACAAUGCGCGGAGGCGGCUUUGGGGACCGAGACCGGGAUCGUGACCGUGGAGGAUUUGGAGCAAGAGGUGGUGGUGGUCUUCCCCCGAAGAAAUUUGGUAAUCCUGGGGAGCGUUUACGUAAAAAGAAGUGGGAUUUGAGUGAGCUCCCCAAAUUUGAGAAGAAUUUUUAUGUGGAACACCCAGAAGUGGCGAGGCUGACUCCGUAUGAGGUUGAUGAACUACGCCGAAAGAAAGAGAUUACAGUGAGAGGGGGAGAUGUUUGUCCUAAACCUGUGUUUGCUUUCCAUCAUGCCAACUUCCCACAAUACGUAAUGGACGUGUUGAUGGAUCAGCACUUUACAGAGCCAACUCCGAUUCAGUGCCAGGGGUUUCCUUUGGCUCUUAGUGGCCGGGACAUGGUGGGCAUUGCUCAGACCGGCUCUGGGAAAACUUUGGCAUAUUUGCUGCCUGCAAUUGUUCAUAUUAACCACCAGCCAUACUUGGAAAGGGGAGAUGGCCCAAUCUGUCUGGUUCUGGCUCCUACCAGAGAGCUUGCACAGCAAGUUCAGCAGGUGGCUGAUGACUAUGGCAAAUGUUCUAGAUUGAAGAGUACUUGCAUUUAUGGAGGUGCUCCUAAAGGCCCCCAGAUUCGAGACUUGGAGAGAGGUGUUGAGAUCUGCAUAGCCACUCCUGGACGCCUGAUAGAUUUCCUGGAGUCGGGAAAGACGAAUCUUCGACGAUGCACUUACCUUGUAUUGGAUGAGGCUGACAGAAUGCUUGAUAUGGGCUUUGAACCCCAGAUUCGUAAAAUUGUUGACCAAAUCAGGCCUGAUAGGCAGACCUUGAUGUGGAGUGCAACCUGGCCAAAAGAAGUAAGACAGCUUGCUGAGGAUUUCCUUCGUGAUUACACCCAGAUCAAUGUGGGCAAUCUGGAGCUGAGUGCCAACCACAACAUCCUCCAGAUUGUAGAUGUGUGCAUGGAAAGUGAAAAAGACCACAAAUUGAUCCAACUCAUGGAGGAAAUAAUGGCCGAAAAGGAAAAUAAGACAAUUAUAUUUGUGGAGACAAAGAGACGCUGUGAUGACCUCACUCGCAGGAUGCGCAGAGAUGGUUGGCCAGCUAUGUGUAUCCAUGGAGAUAAGAGUCAACCAGAAAGAGAUUGGGUACUUAAUGAGUUCCGUUCUGGAAAGGCUCCCAUCCUCAUUGCCACAGAUGUAGCCUCCCGAGGGCUAGAUGUGGAAGAUGUCAAGUUUGUGAUCAACUAUGACUAUCCAAACAGCUCAGAAGAUUAUGUGCACCGUAUUGGCCGAACGGCCCGUAGCACCAACAAGGGUACCGCCUACACCUUCUUCACCCCAGGGAACCUAAAGCAGGCCAGAGAGCUGAUCAAGGUGCUGGAAGAGGCAAAUCAGGCUAUCAAUCCCAAACUGAUGCAACUGGUAGACCACAGAGGAGGCGGCGGAGGCGGGGGUAAGGGAGGUCGUUCUCGAUACCGGACCACUUCUUCAGCCAAUAAUCCCAAUCUGAUGUAUCAGGAUGAGUGUGACCGGAGGCUUCGAGGAGUCAAGGAUGGUGGCCGGAGAGACUCUGCAAGCUAUCGGGAUCGGAGUGAGACCGAUAGAGCUGGUUAUGCGAACGGCAGUGGCUACGGAAGUCCAAAUUCUGCCUUUGGAGCACAAGCAAGCCAAUAUACCUAUGGUCAAGGCACCUAUGGGGCAGCUGCUUAUGGCACCAGUGGCUAUACAGCCCAAGAAUAUGCUGCUGGCACUUACGGGGCUAGCACCACCACCACAACUGGGAGAAGUUCACAGAGCUCUAGCCAGCAGUUUAGUGGGAUAGGCCGGUCUGGGCAGCAGCCACAGCCACUGAUGUCGCAACAGUUUGCACAGCCUCCGGGAGCCACCAAUAUGAUAGGUUACAUGGGGCAGACUGCCUACCAGUACCCCCCUCCUCCUCCUCCCCCUCCUCCUUCACGUAAAUGAAACCACUCAAGUGGUAGUGACUUGUGCAGACUUACUACAUUUA